GAACACCUACUAUAGUGAAUGUCUUUAUACGCUCACAACAUGCACUUUAUUAAAGUCACACAGGAGAUGUAAAGUCUUCAUUAUGAGGUGCAAGGAUGUUUAUCUCAUUCUCUGGGAAUAUGAGAUCACCAAAUCCACAACAGGGACAUAGAGGGAAACUUUUAAUAUAAAUGCAGAAUUUUCAACUUGGCUGACUUUUGCAUCGGUUCACACUGCAGAGAUAUGGAGAUUGAAUCAAUGGUAGCAAACUGUGCUCUCAUAAAAGCACGAGAAGUAGGUAAUAAUGGAAAUCGUAAAGGAAGAAGUCGAAAAUGGAGAUACAUUCUACGUUUCCCGCACAUAAACGAGUGCAGAGAGUUGGAGAACAGCAUCGAGCGAGACUAUUACAGUCUGUGCGUGAAGCAGCCCAUUGGGAAACAACUGUUUCGACUCUUCUGUGCGACGCAGACCGAUUUACAGCAUUGCAUUGAACUCCUGGAUGCAAUGGAGGAAUAUGAAGUCACGCCGGACGAGAAGCGAAAAAACUUUGGCAAUAGACUGAUCACAAAAUAUCCCUCCUCACAGUCUGUUCACAGUGUACAGGACAUUUUGGAAAGUCAUUUCAAGAUGUGCAAAUACAACCUGGAGUGCAAUGCGUCUGAAGAUAUCUUCAGUGACAGCCAAAGAACCCUGCACGAGUAUCUGAGUGGAGAUCCAUUCACAGAAUAUCAGAAAAGCAUGUACUUCGACCGCUUCCUGCAGUGGAAGAUAAUCGAGGGACGGCCGGCCACCAGAGACACAUUUCGAGAAUACCGUAUUUUGGGCAAGGGAGGGUUCGGAGAGGUGUGUGCGUGUCAGGUGCGAGCUUCUGGAAAGAUGUACGCCUGUAAGAAACUGGAGAAGAAGCGGGUGAAGAAACAGAAGGGGGAAGGCAUGGCCAUCAAUGAGAAACAGAUUCUCGAGAGGGUCAACAGCAGAUUUGUGGUGAGUUUAGCAUACGCGUAUGAGACUAAAGAAGCUCUGUGUCUGGUGCUGACGCUCAUGAACGGAGGAGAUCUGAGGUUUCACAUCUAUAACAUGGGCAGACAGGGGCUGUUGAAAGACCGAAUCAGAUUCUACGCCGCUGAGAUCCUGUGCGGUUUAGAUCACCUUCAUCAGAAGUCCAUUAUAUACAGAGAUUUAAAGCCAGAGAACAUUCUGCUGGAUGACGACGGUCACAUCCGGAUAUCUGAUUUGGGUCUGGCUGUAAUCUUAAAAGAGGACAAACUGGCAAAGGGCAGAGUGGGCACGCUGGGUUAUAUGGCUCCAGAAGUCAUCAACAACAAAUAUUACGGUGUAAGUGUGGACUGGUGGGGUCUGGGGUGUCUAAUCUACGAGAUGACUGCCGGAAAUCCUCCGUUCCGCAAACACAAGGAAGGGGUGUCGAGAGAAGAGACUGAGAGGAGAGUUCUGGAGGUGACAGAGAUCUACGGGAACAAGUUUGAUGAGGAGACUCAAUCGAUUUGCAAAAGUCUCCUGACAAAAAGCCCAAAGGAGAGACUGGGCUGUGGGUCUAAGAAUGGAAGCGACGCCAUCAAAGCUCAUCCAUUCUUCAAAAGCAUCAACUUCACCAGACUGGAAGCUGGACGAGUAAAACCACCCUUUAUUCCUGAUCCAAGAGCGGUUUACUGUGCAGACGUCUUAGAUAUCGAUCAGUUCUCUACUGUCAAAGGUGUCAUUCUCAACGAGACAGAUAAUGGUUUCUAUGCCAAGUUUAACACGGGAGCCGUGGCCGUGCCCUGGCAGAAUGAGAUGAUCGAAACAGAGUGUUUUAAGGACUUGAAUGUGUUUGGUCCAGAAGGAACGAGAUCACCCGAUCUGGAACGCAACGCUAUGAUCCCGUUGAAUGGUUCUGAGCCGCAGACGUGUAACCAGAUCUCAACGGAUUACCGGCGGCCCCGACUCCUGCACAGAAUCUUCGGCAGACGUCACAGGGCGCGGUCCGCUGAACCCAUAUGUCCCUCCACAACCAGUCAGGGUUCAGAUUCAGCAUGAUUCAUAAACUUCAAAAGGAGUGAAAGUGCCAGCCACCAUUUCCAGAAAUAUGAUUUGCCCACAUUUCUGAAACAUCCAGAAGUUUUUUUGUACAGAAUGAUUAUAAGAGUCAAAUCAUAUAAAAAAUCUCUUUAAAAGACUCAAAUGUAAAUGCACUGUAUCACAAACCCUAUAUGCAGGGUGGGAUACUAUUUUCAUACUCUCCAAAACUAUCUUGAAUUUGUUUUGUACACCUUUUUGUUUUUUUACAUUAAAAAUUGUGAAAAUGG